AUGCAUAUCUCGACCUACCUCUCCCGCUCCCUUUAUAUACUCCUUUGCGUUGCCGUACCCCUUUACCUCGGGAUCCGUGGCUCCGACUCGUCAUUCGGCACUGAUUUUCUCUUCUCUUCCCUUUCUGAGCGCGCCAAAGCUCUUCACGUCGCUCUCACCUCCCCGCUUGCCGCCCAUUCAGCACCAAACCACGAAGCACCCUUCCAAGCUUCCGUUGAGCCCGAGAACCCCGUGCGUGCGCCCGGAGAGGGGAGAGGGAAACGAUACCCCUCCGUUCUGGCUGGACUGGCGCACUGCAUCAACUCCUUCGAGCAGUAUCCGUUUCUUGCCGAGCAAGUACUCCAGCGAAAGUAUGCGCGAUAUUCCAAGCAGACGCCCGCGCAGAUGGCGAUAAGCAAGAAGCUCGGCUAUCCUGCACACUUCGAGAAGGCCAGGGGAGGAAUCGAAGCGAACGCACAGUUCUCGGAAAAGAUUGCGCAGAUUGCGAGGGAGAAAUAUGACAUCGGCCCGCUAUCGCUAAAUGACAAUGAAGACGCGGAAUUUGGCGUUAUAGACUCGGCGUUUUCGCUUCUUUCGCGAGACUGGAGCACGCAAGGCGCGAAGGAGAGACAGGCCGUGUUUCCGCCUAUUCUAUCUGCGCUUGGGCAACAUUUCGGCGGAACCGGGGGAGGGAGCAAGGUCCUUGUACCCGGAAGCGGUAUGGGCAGGCUGGCGAGCGAUCUCGCAGAUAUCGGGUACAACGUGACGGCAAACGAGCUAGACUACGGCUCCAUCCUGGCCUACCACCUACUAACAAGCCAUACGAGCUCGCUCCAUCAGCACACCUUCCAGCCUUUUGUCACUAAAUGGACCCAUCAGGCCGACCCCUCCUCGCGCUACUCUGCCAUAACGGUGCCGGACCACUGGCCAAACAAGACCGUCAAGCUUGUCGAGGGUGACUUCUUAGAGAUGUUUCCCAGUGACGGUGAGUUUGAUGCGGUCGUCACGCUCUUCUUCAUCGACAUAUCUAAGAGCGUGAUUGACUUCCUGAGCAACAUACAUCGGCUGCUGAAACCCGGUGGGAUUUGGAUUAACUUAGGGCCACUGAAAUGGGGCACCCAUACCGCUCUCCAGCUCUCCGCGGAAGAAGUGCUCCAGCUGGCAGAUCUGCUCGGAUUCGACGUGGACCAUACGUCAAGGAAAAGUAUCGACAGCUUGUACGUCGAGCAGCCGGAGACGUUGCUGAAGUUUACUUAUGGUGAGUGCCUGCUGUUUCCUUGUGAGGAGUAA